AUGCCGCAAAAGCUCCUGGUCGCGCUCCUUGUCGCCUCCCGCAAGCUGCACCACUACUUCCAGGGCCACCCCAUCAAACAUGUGCUGCGCGGCACAAACAAGGAAGCAGACAACAUCGCCAAGAGGGCGUCGCGGCACCUGCCUCAAGAGCCCGGCGUCUUUGAGGAGCGGCUCUUCAAGCCAUCUACAGCUCCGCCCUCAGCAGAACCAGCACCUCCUCGCGAGGACCUCCCUCAGGCCCCUCCAUCGGGCGCCCCGGCCUAUGGCCCAACCUCAGGAGCACGCCUCCUUCUUGCACUGGAACCUCGGGAGGGAUGUUGGACUGAGGAGUUCAAGGCGUACCUGCUGCAGGGCACCCUACCAGAGAAGGAGGAAGACGCAGACCGGGUGGCACGUCAGGCUACAGCGUACUGCGUCCGGGAUGGUGAGCUCUAUCGGAGGCGCCCAAAUGACGUCUCCUUGCGAUGCAUUUCCAGGGAGCAGGGAUGUGACCUGCUGGCGGACAUAGAUGGAAGGGACUGCGAGCACCACUCUUCAUCACGCACCCUCGUGGCAAAGGUAUUUCGCAGUGGGUUCUACUGGCCCACGACGCUCAACGACGCCGCCGAGCUGGUCAAGUCCUGCGAGGCCUGCCAGUUCCACGCUAAGUAG